AUGAAGAAAAUGAAGAAAAAGAAGGGGGGAAUUCAAGAACCCCCCACUACGCCUUCCCCUCCUCCUACUCCCCCUCCCCGAGAAAUGGACAACAUGAGUAAUAUGGAGGCUAACAUUAUGCCAGGAAAAUUCCAAUCUGCACCAGCAGCCCUCACCAAAGCCAAGAAGAAACUGGAUGAGGAUCAACCUCAGGCAAUCAAGCCGAUAGCUCCCCCUCCACCCCCACCCCCAUCGAAAGUGCAAGAAGGCCAACAACGACCUUUAAUUACCACAGAACAAUUACUCUUAGCCAAGAGUAAGCUUAAUAAGGAAAGCAAACGACUCACUAAAAGAACAAUAAGUCGUGCUGAAAUUUAUGAUAGAUUUAAAGAAACAGACUUCAUACCCCUUGACUUUACCAUAAGCAGCUUAUGGAAGGAGACGCUUAGCAGUCAGAGUAUAAUCACUCAAUUAAACCUCAGUGGAAUAGAACAGCUCACGGACAUGUUCUUUGACUUGCUUGGAGUGAGAAAGGUUGAUCUACCACAUCUUACUUUACUAAACCUCAACGGCUGCUGUAACAUCACAGAUUUUGGGAUUUACUGGGUUGUGCAGAACUUACAUGAGAUUACAGCAAUUUCAAUGAAAGGCUGCACAGAAGUGACUGAACGUUCCGUCCAUUACAUCGCAGAUGGACGAGUUAAUCUACGAGAUUGUCAGAUGUCGUCCACUCAGUGCCGAGCCAUUCCACUCAAGUUAGAAAAAUCUCUUGGACUAUUCAGCUUCAAAGCUUGUCCCCUGAUAUCUCCAUCAACAGAGACCUACAAUAACCACUCAAUCUCUGCUCUGGCUCAGGGAUCCAAUCAAAUGGAUCAGACAGGAAAUGCAUGGAUAAAUCUUGAUAAAUACAAGGUGGUCAUUCUGAAUGAGGGAGGAAAUAAGAGUCUAGGGGAAAGAAUUACAAACAAACCAAGCUCGGGAAAAGGGGUUCAGACAUGGCUGGAUUGGAAACCCAAAGCUGACUCCUCAGUCACCAUUAAUCUGAUAGAGAUAGACCAAAAAUCAAGAUUUGAGGGACUGGUCCUGAGCAAUGGAGGAGUGGUUAUUCUCCCGUUCUCUGAUAAGACACCAUCUUACAUCCAGAAGAUUGCCAGCACGAUCCUGUCGAUCGUUAGUCAGUACCCAGAGACAGGUUUUAUGAUCUGCAAUCCUGGAUAUGAUGCUUCACCUGCAACAGAACAUAAAUUGAAGGACAUUAUACACAGGGUCAAGGACACAUUGACUGUUGCUAUGGAGAGUCUUGCAGAAGAACUGAACAAGGAAAUCAAGGAUAAAUGGAGGUUGAACGAGUUCAGAUUUCAUGACCAAAUUGUGUACACAGCGGGCAGGAAGUUCAUUCAUCACGUGGACAAAAUCAUUGCCAGGAAAAAAGAUAAGGAUGGUUCCCCUCAGCUUCUCCAGUAUUUGUUAUUGGGUAAGGAAGACCAGUGUUUUGAUGCCAUUGAAAAUCUGAUAUCAGAUCUACAGGACCAUUACCCAUGGCACACGUUCCAUUACUCUGCCACCAUCAAGAAGCUCAUCGAACUUAAGUUUAAGCCUAAUAAAUUUAAAGGAAAUUUAGGCUAUCUGAAACAAUUGAUAAAAGCUGUGGAUGAACCUCCUCUGUCCAACCUGCACAUGAAGGAUCCAUACAAGGAGAUGAUUCAAAUUCUGAGCCUCAGGCAUGAACGGGGCAUGGGAACCUUUUACCCAGACAUCCGAGGUUAUCCAUCCAUGACGAGCUUCAUGGUCCUGGAGACGCUCAUGACUGGGAUCAUGGAGACCCCUCCAGAUAAAACAGGGUUCAUAAAGGGACUAGGGAUAUCCGUGCCCUUCUACAGGAAAGAGGACUUCACUAUUAUAUUUGGGCAAUCUAUGAAUAUGAGACCCAGAAAAAUGGAAGAUGGUGAUCAUAUUAACCAGGUGGAUUUACUUCUUGACAUUCUUGAGAACUCAGGCUGCUUGAUGAAGUUUCCCUGUGACCUUAAGGGGCCAGGGUACGAGGACACACUGGCCUAUGUUCUGUUCAGAGACAUUCCUGAUCAGCCUCCAGUAUCUCUAAUGGAAUACUGGCCAGAUGAGGUACCCAAGACAGAGAAACAGGCUCAGAAGUUUUACAGAUUUCCAGCUCUCCCCUCUAACUUUAUGUCCACUCUUCUCCGUGAAUUCUCUUAUCUGCUGCAGUUCACAGUGCUUUGGAAAGGAGGGUUUAUGUGUCAGCAAGGCCCUGUUUAUCACCUGUUGGAACUUAUAGAUACAGAUGGUGGCUCUACCAUUGUUGUCAGUAGUCGGGUUCAGAAUCCUAAUAUCAUCAGUAAGGCAGCCUUUAAGGGUGACAAUGAUGGAUUAGAGAGCAUGCUGUGGAAUGGAUUCAAACAGAUCUGUUCCAUCCUUGAUGCCCAUAUUCAAAAGAACAGAAUCUAUGUGCAGAGAUAUUAUACAUGCCAUCACUGCCUGCCCACUGGCAGUAGAUACCAGGCUGCAGACUCGGAGAAUUUUACUCACUUCUCAGAAUUGAGGAUUCUAGGAGGACACGAUCGUGGACUCUGCUGUAAAAAGAUAGGAAACAAGAACUUAAAUGAGGCAGAGGAGGAAAUCCAAGUGUCUUUGAUAGACUACUUUGGCCCAGAUUUUCAGAGAAAAGAUACAAGACAUUUACCUAAUCACAGCUGUUUUGAUGUGGAAUAUGAAAAGAUGAUAGAAGACACAGUGGCAACUCGAUCCAAUUAUACUCGCUGUUUCAUGUGUGGGAACUGCUCACGAGAAAAUCUCCAGUGUUAUGCAAAUGUGGAAAGUGGAAAAACAGUUCGGCAUUGUGGGUGUCUAAUAGCAGCCUUCCUGUGUAAAUAUUGUGGAGUUUGUAGAUUUUGUGUACAGAGAUUAGCGAGAGCCCAUUCUGUCACAAAUCCACAGUUUCAGUCAGAAACAUUAAUGUCCUUGAUGGUGGAAACUGAUCUCUCACAGAAUGGCAAUUUUGUGUUCUUUUCAACAAACUCAGAAUACAAGUUCUCUCAGUCUCUGUCUAUAGAGUACUUCAGCCAUCUGAGGGCUUGUCUGCAUCGUGGACAUUUCAUCCUAAAUGUUACAUCGUCAUCAUGUAAAGUGCAUGUUUUAUGCCAUGAGAAGUUCAUCAAACAAAUCCAGAUCACCCCUUUCAAGGAAACAGAGAAAAUUUUACAUGUUCUGGCCCCUUACCAAAAUGGAGACAUCUAUGAUAUAUAUUUUGACAUAAACAAGAAUGACAUGUGUGGACAGUUUUUAAGAAUAACACAGAAUAAGAAAACUGUGUUCGAUCUGGCAGUUCCUGACAGGAAUAUGUUUGUGAGCAUCAGCUGUGUUCGGCCAGGGAGUGUCUCAUUGUCUUCCAGUCAUAUGAUAGAAAUGCCAAAAAUUACAACUGUGGCACAUGAAUUCUCAGGGACUGCCACAGCAAAGCUUCAAAUCCUUAAUGGAAGUGCCAUAUAUGAUGAGGAGAUGAAAAAAGAUAUAUUGGCUGGAGUUAAAGAAGAUGAGUUGAAGCCAUUCUGCCAAGUAAAACUGGACAGUGCGGUGGUGUAUAAGACAAAAGUCCAGAGCACGUCUAGUCCAAGGUUUAAUGAAACUGCGGAAUUCCAAAUUGAUGACCCUGAGAGUGUUGUGGAAAUUGAAGUGUAUGAAUUUGACCACAUUGACAGCAUCCUGCUGGGAGUUGUUAUGUUAACUGUACAGCAGUUAAGGGAGUUAUCCAAUCAGGAGGAAUCAAAAUUACACCACCUUAAUGGAACUAGCAGUGGAAAGAUUCGCUUUAAGUGUUCUUUGACCUUCAAUGAUGAGGAUAAUGAAAAAGCUUUGUCCAAAAAAUUUACCAACAACCGAGGUGACAUGUACAUUCCCAAGUGCUGCACCUGGGUACCAACAGUGGCUGAAUCCAACAUUUCUCAGAUGGCUGCUGCUUUAGAGGACAGAUUAAAUAUAAGAGAUUGGGUUGCAAAUAUUCAAGGUGUGAUGCUGUUAAUAUUGCCAAAUAUAAUGACAAAGGAAACGGUGCUUUAUCCGAAGUGGAACUCGAUGGAAAAUCACCAGAUCAGGUUCCAUCCUCUCUGUAAUUACAGAUUGGAGAACACCCGCUUAAACAGUGGUGAAAAUGACAUGUGGGAAUGGCAUAUUAUGGAUGCUCCAGGUUUUCAGACAGAAGGGAAUCUGGCAAAUACUGUCUUUCUUUGGGUGACACAAUGUGUUGUGCUUAACUCCCCAGUCAAGUUGGAGCUAACAAGUUAUGAGAAAUUAUUUCCAGAAUUAGCAAAGGAACCUGACAUCAAAGCUAAUAUGAUCCUACACAGCAUUAACUCUUACCUGAAUUUCUCCAGUGUACACAAACAUAUCUUCAGAGGAAUAGAUUAUGCCGUGAAGCAUUUUCUGAGGUCUAAGAAAUUGGAAGUUCAGACCAUGAAGUUUGUUCAUAAAUCUGUGUCCAAUAACUUUGAGUCCACAGGAUUUGAAGUUGUGCCAAGCUUCUUCAACAGCAAGCACUUCCUGUUUCUGUGUCCAGGUCACAGGUGUUCUUAUGUCCGGAGCCAAGGAAUAUGUGAAAUUUCCUUACGAGGGUUUGAUACUUAUGGUAAGUUCAUUCAGCACCUAGUAUUGACCAAGAACAAUUUAGCAACUCUUCCUAAUGUGGUGUUUUCCUCCCUGAAGCAUCUGAAAAUUGUGGAUAUCUCAGAAAAUAUUCUAGAAUCACUGCCAGAGACAAUAGGGCAGUGCAGAUUCCUAGAGAUACUGAGACUUCAAGAGAACAAUCUGGUUGACCUUCCAAUGGAAUUAGCUCAGUGUACAAGUCUGCAGGUGUUAAACAUUUCCAGGAACAUGAUGGAUGAGCUCCCUCUGGUGGUGACCAUGUGCUCUAGCCUUGAGCAGCUUUACAUUAAUGACAUGUUCCUGACACACCUGCCAGAUGACAUAGGGUUUCUGGACAAUCUGGAGAUUUUGUACGCCAAGGGGAACUGUUUCACUUCCCUACCAGACAGUUUUGUCAUGUUGCAGCGCUUGACAGAUCUGUCUUUACGCGGAGUUAUCUUCUUCGUGAGCUCACCAUCCUAUAUUAUGUCCAGAGAUCGCUUUGUGGAACUUCUAGAGGUUCAUGGGCUCGCAAGGUGGCUGGAUGCCCAUAAUGAGGACAAGGAAGAACUGUUCAAGUCCUUUGAUGAGGAUGGUAAUGGUAUUUUAGACCAAAAUGAGAUUGGCAGACUGAAUGCCACUAUAUACAACAUCUUUCCUAGGUUUGGAUACAAAGGAAAAGAAUUACCAGAUGAAAACUCAGACAGUGGAUUCCCUAUGCAGAUACUUCAGAUUCAAAAUCUUCGCUACCUCGAUUUGACUUACCAAGGACUUGUACAUAUCCCUGAUUCCAUCUCCUUCCUUACCAGUCUCCAGCAUCUCAACGUCAGCUACAAUCCUCACCUCCUCCACAUCUCAGCCAGUGUGGGCAGUCUUCCUCUCCUCACCCUGGGAAUGACUGAGUGUCCGGUACUUAAAACCCCACCUAGAGAAAUUCGAGACCAGGGCUUCACGGCCAGCUAUGCAUAUCUCCGACGUCUUUUGUCAGGGUCGGUGGAGUGUAGGAGAACUAAACUCAUGUUGGUGGGUUUGGGAGAAGCAGGAAAAACAAGCCUGGCCAGAGCUCUUCAGUCCAACGACCUCAAAACAAGCUUGACUGGACAUGAAAGCAUUACAGAUGGCAUUGAUAUUUCUACAUGGAAGAUAUCCAAAGAUAAUGAGGAGAUCUCGUAUAGUGUUUGGGAUUUUGCUGGACAAACAGUGUACUACAACACACAUUAUUUUUUCCUGUCAAACCGAGCUGUUUACUUCUUGGUUUGGAAUGUGCGUCUUGGACAUGAGCACGCAGGACUCAAAUUCUGGCUCAGCUCAAUUUCUGUACAUGCUCCUAAAGCUCCAGUUCUUAUCGUAGGAACUCAUGUUGACCAAGUGUCCAAAAUUGAAUUACCUAUGGAAGAAUUGAAGGCGUCCUUUAGCCAAAUCCAAGGGUUUUUCUUUGUUAGUUCUCUAACAGGACAGGGUCUUGAAGAGCUAAAGGAGAAACUGGUAAAUGUGACCUUAACUCAGGGUUAUAUGGGGGAGUCCAUUCCUAUGGCAUGGCUAGAGUUAGAGGACAUCAUUAAAAAAUUGAAGACAAAAACAAAGAUGGAUACGAUAGACUACAAUCAGCUGUUUAAGAGGGCCAGUGUAGCGGGUAUAGUGGAGGAAAAAGAGUUUGCAGAGGCAGUGGCUUUUUUGCAUGACCUUGGGUGCCUACAACACUUCAGUGGUAACGAAUAUUUACAUUCCAAAGUGGUGGUCAACCCUCAGUGGAUCGUGGAUGUGAUGGCGUGUGUGGUAUCAGUGAAAGAAAGCCCAAUUAAGAAUGGGAGGCUGAACCAUAAAGAUUUAAAUAUAGUGUGGAAGGAUUAUCCUGAGUCCCUGCACCAGUGGCUUUUACGCUUGACUGAGGAGUUUGAUCUGACGUUCUUUAUUCCUCCAGAGGAGGGCUCAAAGGAAAAAGUCAACUUAGUUCCAUGUCUCCUACCAGAAAAUAAACCCAAGUUUGAAUGGCCAGAGCCGGAUAAGAAGAAUGGUAUCACAGAGACUAAGAUGAUCUAUCUGUUUGAUUACCUCCCCGCAGGACUCUUCAAUAGAGGCCAGGUGAGACUGCAGGAAUACUCUGACUAUUACAUUAUCUGGAAAAAGGGGUCAUACCUGAAAAAAGAUGGACAAAUUGCCAUUCUACAGCAAACCAAAGACACAGAGAUGGUUGUCCGAGUCCAGGGAAAGAUGCCAGAAAUCGUCUUAUUCCACAUCCACGAGGUGUUUGAGAGUUUGAUUCUGGAGGCGUACCAAGGAGUUCGGUAUGAUUUUACGAUCCCGUGCCCCGAUUGUCUGAAACACUCGGCCAAGGACCCCCAUAUGUUCUUGGCUUCCACCAUUCGUAGAGCCAUUGAACUUAAGGCCCCUUUCCUACAGUGUAUGGCCUACUUCCACACCAUUUCUGUGGUCGACUUGCAAUCUGUGAUGCCUCCAACCAGUAACAAUGAUUUUGAUGUUCACAUACAGAAAGCGGUCAGUGGCUUGCAAGAUCUACGUCGCAAUAUGAAAAUAGACCUGUUUCUCUCCUACUGUGUGGCAGAUGCCCCUGCUGAUGACAAAAAUGUUAUUCACCCUGCUCAGGUUCACCAAGACUUGAAGAAUGCCGGAUACACUUGUUGGUUUCCAGAGGAGAGCAAUCAGUAUUCCACGGAUUUGAUGGCCCGGGCUCUUAUGGACUCCACCAUCUUUGUUGUUUUUGUGUCCACUAACUAUGCAAAUGACAGAUCCUGUACAGACAUUUUUAAGUAUGCCAAGCUUACCCUUGGGAAGCCCAUGGUGGUGAUUGUAGUGGGAGAGGAUAACUACACCUGGAGGAAAACUAAUCUGGGGCUGCUCCUUCCUGAUGUGUCUUUUGUCAACAUGAUAAAUUCUAAGAAGCACAACUACAAUAGUAAGUUCCAGGAGCUCCUCGGGAAGUUGGAGGAGUUGAUGAACUUAACUGGUAAGGUCAAGGACAGAGAGAGCCCCGAAUGUUUCAUCAGUUACUGCUGGAAGAACUCAGCACAAGCCGUGGCAUUGGGUACCAGAUCUGGACCAGCUGCAUUAGGAUUUGGAGAUCCCAGGCAAAUCAAAUCCUACCUGGAAGAAAACUUCAUCAAGUGUUGGAUUGAUGUGGAAAGGAUUGGAAUGAAUGGGUUGUUUGAUGAGAUAGCCAAAGGUCUACUGGAGAGUCGUGUGGUGGUAGCAUGUGUUUCUGAUGAGUACGUAGAGUCACCAAGCUGCUGUAAAGAGUUCCGGUACGCCUGCACUGUCCUGAAUCUGCCUAUCAUCAUCUGUGUUGUAGGCACUGGACACAAGUGGAGACGGAGUGAGGUAGCCAUGCUGUCUGUGAACUAUCCCGUCGUAAGUUUCCAGUUGGAGAGUGAUGAGGCACAUCCCAAACUUCUACAACUGGUGGAGGAGAUGCUGGCCUCCAGUAACCAAGACAACAAGGAGAAGGAGAAGAAGAAGGAGGGAUCAUCAGACUUGGACAAAGACAAACAGUUCAAGGAGCUUUAUGAGCUAGCUCAGAGAAAGUUUCUAAGACAGAUAACAACAUAUGCCUCAAAUCAUGAUGUGGAACCAUACCCUCGUCUGUUUGUAGCUGACAUUGUACCAGUGGAGGAAAACCCCCAGACUCUAGAUAAAUCUCUGUCAAUAGAAGAAAAAUUUGAGAAUAAAGAAGAGAACCAGCUGGAGAAAGGAGAAACAGAGGUCAUAAAUUCAGGGUUUGUCUCCCGUAGGUUCUCCAUCAACAUCCUGUGUGAAUGUGACCAGGGCUGGCAUAGUGUAGAUGAAGCCAUGAUGCUUCCAGAAGAUUUUGGGACAGAAUACUUAAAGAAAUAUGCCCCUUACUUGUCUCGUAUCACAGCCAUAAUGAAGCACAGCAAGAACUAUGUAAUGAACUGUAUGACAGAUGAGGAUGGUCAGAACUACAUGAAAUGGCUGUUUGAGUCAGCAGAUGCAGUUCUGCCAGACUUUAUGAAGGAUUACCAAGACUUGAGGGAAUUGGUCAUGGAGAUGGACUCACAGAGGACUUAUGGGUGCCUUUCCAGAUGUCGCCUGUCUAGUGGAAAAAUAAUAUGGUUGUGUGAGGAACACAUCAAAGAUAUGAAGGUUACAGUGCUGGCCAAGGAUGCUGUUGCUAAGAAAAACAAGGUCUCUAAUCCUGAACGACCAGAGUACAUUGCUGAAUGGCUGCGAAAAGUGGAUUCUGAAAAAUUAGUGAAGAAAUUUGACUCCUCUGCAAAAGUCAAGAAAAAAUUUAAUCAAUCCCUGGUGGACAAGGCUUUAGUAGUAGCUGAUGAUGUAAGACAGCAUUUAGGCUUCUUUGAUAAAAGUAUGAGUGAUCAACUUCUUAAAGACUUAUCACAAGGGUUGACUCCAGGGCAGAUUAAAACAAAGUCACAGGAGGCCAGAUCUGUCUUAAGACAUGGAUCAGCCAUCAGACGUCAAGAGAUUCAGAAACCGGAGGCUGCAGUAAAGCGCCACGCUACCACUACCAUCAGCUCGGCGGAGACAGUCAAGUCACCACCAAAAUCAGGGGAAUCUACUCCCAAGUUAAAGAGACCGACAAGUCAAGCCUGCAGUGUCAUGUGACAUUACUGUGUGCCUAGACCUGUCAAUCAGAUGUCAAAAUCAUGUCUGUGAUAUCCAGGAUACAUAUCAUUCUGUAAACACAAGUUACACUAGUAUGGUUAUUUAUUUCUAUGCAGUGAAAGUAAGAGAGGGUGUAAUAAGUUUUCAGAACAAUCCCUUUGUAAUUAUAAAUCAAAUCAAAGUAUCCUUUUUUCAUGACUUUAAUCCAUCCAUGUUUACUUAGGUCUAUUUGAUAACACAGUUUAGUAUUUGUUAUUUAUAUUGGUUUUACUAUUUAUUAUUUUUGUUUAUAUACAUAUAGUUGUUGUUUAGACUUUGUUACAGUGAUAUAUU